AUGGCGAAAGCGCUUCCAAUUGGACUUAAGGGAUACGAUCAGAAGAUGGAGGGUGCUCCCAAUAACUCGAUUCAGUGGGAAACUUAUCGAGAGGGUGUCCGAUCCCAGCUGGCAAAUUUUGAGUCCCUGCCACACGAUGGCUUUGCAUUGACACGGUCUUAUCAGGUUGUCCUUGACAACAACGAGACUUUGACCCAGUAUUGCUCGGAUGAGCCCCUCGAAAGUUAUACUCUCGAGGCACGUCUGAGGGAAACUUUGGGCAUCCGUCCUUCGUCUUCAUCGGACUCUGAAUCACCCAGAAGCCAGACUCAUCCCUCAGUUAGCUGGGUCAACAUCUUCCGGCACGGCAAGUUCGAAAAGCAAGAGAAUGGCUCCUAUCACUGUUACGAUCAGGGAAAAUUGGUCCAGAUUGACGAGGCACUUCACAAAAAUAUUCUUGUCAACCGAUGUUUUCUUCCUGCAAAUUCGUACAUGUGGCCAAGCCAUGCCGAUGUUGAAAGAGAGUCAGAAGUCACCCUGGCAGUAGAGGCAGAUGUUAUCGAAGAACUGAAUAAGCAGAUAAAAUAUGUGGAGAGACUGAAGCGACUUCAGCUGUCGCUGAGAAGACGUCGAAUCAAGCUGGAAGCCAUUCGAGAUCCGGCCAAAAGAUCGCAAACACUGCAAAUACCCGGAUUAGGCAUUCCUCAGCCGAAGUUUUCAAUUAAGACUGACGAUAUCCGUCCACGAAGCACAUCGGCAAGCUCGGGUGUCUCAAGCGGAUCUGAUAUACCCUUUGCCGGCCCCCGCGACGACUCGAAUCCAACUUCAUUAGGCAGUGGUGGGGAUGCAGUCAAACAGUCAAGUCAACAAGAACCUUCAAAUUCGGCCACGCAAAGCAACCAGACAGUAUAUGAUCAGGGGAAGGGGGUGCCAGUACCUGCGCAUGUCGGCAACAAAACCUUCGAGUUCAUCCACGUCCAUGGUGAUGACAGCCGUCAAUCGACCCCGAUCAUUUCAACCAACCAGACCCGCGAUAAUACACCAAACUCUCAGCGAACGCAAGGGGACGGAUCAGGAAAACACCAGAUGCUUGACCCUCGGGGCCUGAUGGAACCGCCUCCGAAAAAGCAAAAGACCGACACUGCUCGCUCAUCAGCAGAUAUCGCAACAAUUGAACUUGGUGAAGAACUAGCAAUGUGGAAGGAAAAGCUCGAUACGCCCAACAAGCCACCACCGCCGUCCUCGAAUGCAGGAAAGGGAGGCAAAGGAAAAAAGAGAAUACGAAAAAACUUCACUGAAUACGAGAGGGAGCACGCUCCAGGCUGGUUCAAGAGCCAGGUAGCCGCAGGGAAAUCCUCGGUUGAAGUCGAGAAAGCCUACGUUGAAACAUUUGGUGUCUUCCACCGUUAUCUCACUAUCAAGCUUUGGGUCGAUCGAAUGGAUGAAAAGGCCUCUCAGGAACCAAACAUGAGCAAAAUUGUGGUAUUGAAAUCAAGUCAGGAACCCUCAACCACCCAGGCACCAUCAGCAGCAGCACCACCACCUCCUAGCCCGUCCCUUGCUACCCCGCCGCCCUAUGUAUCCCCUUAUGGAACGGAUAACCGAAGCCCUUCUGUCCCAGCCACUCUGAAUUGGCCUUCUCAGACAUCUGCCACAACUCCCAGGAAGAGCGGCCUUCCAAACAUUGACUAA